AUGCCUGCUCCACUCCAACCUCCAUCUAUUGGUCAACCAGCAGCUGCACCAGCUGUAGCACCAAGUCCAACAGCAGCUGUCCCGAGUCUAACUGCAGCUGUCCCAGGGCUAAUCGCUGCUGUUCCGGGUCCAACUGCUGCUGCUCCACCACCAUCAGGGUCCGGAGCUCCGCCAUCGCUCGGUUCUCUGAACCUACUUACAGCAGUGACCAAAAAGCAGCGGGAAAUAUUCAAAGACGUUGACUUCGAAAUUUCACCAAGUGCCUUUGAUUUAGAUUUCAAUGUCUUUAAGGCCAAAACUGAGACUGGAUUGACACAGUUAAACUGUGGGAAGAAAUGCAUAGACACAGACGACUGUGUGAUGGUUCUACACUGUCAAAUGGAAGCUAGUCCUCCAGUCACGACAGCUUCGCCCUGUGUGUUUGAGAUAGGAAAGCCACCAUGCCAAUUUAGUGCAGGUGCUGGAAGGUCGAGAGCAAGCAGUUCCGAGUACUGCCACAUCUUCAAUGAGACACUCACAAAAAGGGAGUUUGGUUAUGACGACUGGGGAAUCAACUGCACCUACGCUGUGUACCAUCCAAACUGCAGAGACCUUAAAGAGAUUCCCGAGACCUGGAAGCGAGCUAUACGACGCCCCGCGUUCAGUGAGAACAGCUCAGUUGUCAUACACUACGAGUGCCAAGAUGGCUAUUCAGCUGAGGGUGUUGGCGUCCUUAUUGCAACCUGCCAUAUGGAUGGGAAGGUGGAUCUGAAAGAAGAUUACAAGUGUAUCAAAUCUGAAUCUGAAAGUGAAGUUCCAGCUCCUAACCAAUCACCUUUGCUUCCAUUGUUACCUGGGCCUCCAAUAAUAUUGAUGAAUCCUGACUUUGGCGGUUUCAACCAAAGACCUGUACCAACGCCUGCUCCAACAACCACAACUACUGUAACGCCUGCUCCGACAACCACAACAACAGCUCCAACAACCGCAACUAAUGCUCCGACAACAACUAAUGCUCCAACAACCGCAACUAAUGCUCCAACAACCACAACUAAUGCUCCAACAACCGCAACUAAUGCUCCGACAACAACUAAUGCUCCAACAACCGCAACUAAUGUUCCAACAACCGCAACUAAUGCUCCAACAACCGCAACUAAUGCUCCAACAACCGCAACUAAUGCUCCAACAACCGCAACUAAUGCUCCAACAACCGCAACUAAUGCUCCAACAACAACUAAUGCUCCAACAACAACUAAUGCUCCAACAACAACAACUAAUACUCCAACAACAACUAAUGCUCCAACAACAACAACUAAUGCUCCAACAACAACUAAUGCUCCAACAACAACUAAUGCUCCAACAACAACAACUAAUGCUCCAACAACAACUAAUGCUCCAACAACAACUAAUGCUCCAACAACCUCAAGUGGACAAAUACCAGAAGCAAAGACCACCGAGUAUCACCAUUACGGAACAAACUGA